AAAAACCAAAAUGGCUGAACGGAGAAAGACCAAAAGUAAAAGAAAAGUGAAUGAUGAUGAUAAGCCAACCAAGGAGGAGUAUGCAGUGGCCAAACACCUUCGGUUUAAUCUUCCCAAGAAGGAGGCAAAACUUGUUGGCAUGACAGUGCAAUACUUUAUUGCUUCCAAGGCAGUUGACAUGUUGAUGGAUUCCAAGUGGGCCAGUGGGGGAAAAGGGACUGAAGUAUUAUUCACAGACAGAAGAUCAAUAGUCUAUUAUUUAGACUCACUUUUGGCAAAAGGUCUAUUCCACAGGGCGGCAAAGGUUGACAGGAAGAAAGACAAGGACAAGAAGAAAAAGAAAAUUAAAGAGAGUGAUAGAGAGGAGGAGGUUGAUGAGGAAAAGAAGUCCAAGAAGGAGAAGAAAAGCAAGAAGAAAGAGAAGACAGAAGAUAAAGACAAGGAGAGUGAGAGAGAAGACAAAGCCGACACUGAGAAAGAAGAUGAGAAAAAAUCUGAGGAAAAGAAAGAAGAGAAAAAGGAGGAUGAUAAGAAAAAGAAGAAGGAGAAAAAGUAUAAAUUAGCAAUGCAUGAUGAACAGACAUUCGUAGAUGGAGAAGAGUUUUAUGUUUGGAUUUACGAUCCUGUUCCACCGAAGACAUUUAUCAUAGGACUACUUCUUGUGCUUGGAGCAAUUGCAGUAUGCUUGUUCCCCUUAUGGCCUCCAGAGGUGAGAUUAGGGGUCUACUACCUGAGUUUGGCUGCUGCAGGAUUUGUAGGAGUCAUACUUGGUCUGUGUGUUGUUCGAUUUAUCCUGUUUUGUCUAAUCUGGGUUUGCACAUUUGGCGGCCAUCAUUUCUGGAUGUUACCAAAUUUAACAGAGGAUGUUGGAUUUUUCGAGUCUUUUGUACCCCUUUAUCAAUAUGAGUAUAAAGGUGGAGACAGUGAAAAAGAUUCAAAGAAAUCAGAUAAAAACACAGAAAAGAAUAAAACGGCUGAAUCCAAGCCUGAAGAAAAAGAUAUUAAAGAUGACAUUGUUAAGGCUGAUGAUGAGAAAGACGAAUCUGGAAGUGAGAAAUCUGGGAGUGACAAUAGCAAUGGUAAUGGGUAUGAAAUUAUAGACAAAGAUGACUUUGAGGUUGAUACAGAAGUGGCAGAUAAGGAAAGCACUGUUACAGCCUAAUCGGUGUUAGGCAAGGUAGAGUGUUAUCACAUGUCUUCUCUAGUCUGCAAAUAUCAGAAUCUGGACAAUGCAAAAGUGUUAAUUUAUUUGAGCAAGUAUUUAAAUAUAUACUAUUAAGGAAGUUCAGAUGAAUCCUAUUCUUCAGACUAAGUAAUCAAAUACCUUGAUGCAAUAUUUGUCUUUUAUAAAGAUAUGAGGGUAAAAAUCAGUCAACUAAACUUAUGUAAUGAAGGAACAUAUCUUUCCAAUAUAUCAACCAAAGUCUCUUCUGUAUCUUGAAUAACUGUAUUAGUGGGCUUACAUAAUACACUCUGUGUUAAUACUUGUGUUGAGAAAUAUGUUUUUGUUAAUGAUAAAUCUUGAAUAUGCAUAUUUGUUCUGUAAAAGCAUUCUGGGAAAGGUUGUUCAUUGCCUUAAUUUUAUGAAACAUGUAAAAUCAUUAUUUUUUCGCAAUAUUCAGAUAUUUGCCAAGUUAAAAAGCUAAUUUAUUGCCAAAAUAAUUAUUUGCUUUAACAGAAUAAACUACUUUUUGAAAUAAACAUUUUGGGUUCUACAACCAAAGUAAAUAAGAGAUCUGAAAUACAUUUACUGAGACUAUUUUAUAUAGUUGAAGCAUGACUAAUCACCAAGUGUUAGAUAAAAUAUCAGAAGUUUUGGGACUCAUAUAUUAAUCAAUGCCUCUCUCUUGUUAUUUUAAAAGAUGCAAUUCAAGUAAAUGUAAUUCAAAAUAAAAUAGCCUAAUAUACUGAUAAUGUAAUAUGACUAUGGUGCUAACAUUAAAAUGGAAAGAUUCUCUGUUGAUGGGUGAGAACUAAGGAGAACUUACAUUACGACUAAAAUACUUUAUUAAAAUAACUUCUCAAUAUCUCAUGGUGUAAUAUAUUUUCCACUCUUCUCCCCCUUCAGUGGGUGUAGAUGUUAGUUUAUGAAAGAUCUCUUCAUAUAUUUAAAAAUAAUCCCUAAAAUUGCCUCUAAAGUAUAAAACAUUUGCAAUUUGCAA